AUUUGCUUUGGUAUUCGGACAGAAAAGAUGCGAAUUUUGUUGAUAUACAAGGUCAUGUAUUGUCUCGAUGCUGACUGUUGAUACGGCAGGAUACAUGUCAGAAGCUUUUAGCACUGUCAAUUGGCAUGUGCUGCUGUGGUUGCUCUUACCUCUCGCAGCAAUGUUUACCCUAGCUUGUUUUCACCUACGCCCUUUACGUCUUGUGACGAACUUUGAGUCCGGUCCCACUCCGAGAACAACACUUCCUGAAUUCGGUAGGAAUCCGACGGAAAGAUUAUGUGCCGAUAGACAACAAGUCACAAUUGCUUACCCAUGCUCGCGGUGGGGGAUACCCUGGUUAACUACCAGCAUUCGAUGAUCUUGCCAUCAAUGUGUCGCAGAUGGCCAAAGAGACACUUUGUACUGAGCAGAGCCAUUCAAUAGAUCCGGCCGUAUAUUAGUGGGGUAUCGAAUCAAGUGACGAUUGCGACGAGGACUGGUUGGGACAGCGAAGAAAGAAAGUGAGACUCUCAGGCCAAGCCAAGCUUGCCGAGCGUGACUCCACCUAUCUUAUGUCUCCAUUACUGUGUAACUCUUCGAUAAAACACAUGCACCGAGAUGCUCGCUGAAAUAUCGGGAC